CGGCGAGGCGACUUUCCGGUUCCGGUGGCGCUCGGCCCGUCAUGGCGGCGCCCAGGGAGGCGCCGGAGCGGCGGCCCUUCGGGAGGCGCUUUCUCACCGACCCCGCCCGCCUCUUCCAGCACAACGCCUGGGAUAAUGUGGAAUGGUCAGAAGAGCAGGAAGCCAGUGCCAGGAGUAAAGUUCAAGAGAACAGCUCACAGCUAUUGCCGCAAGAUAAACAAGAGGAAUAUGAGGUGAAUGCUAAGAGGUACUGGGAUGACUUUUAUAAAAUCCAUGAAAAUGGCUUCUUCAAGGACAGACACUGGCUGUUCACUGAAUUUCCUGAGCUGGCACCUAACAGGAACCCAAGUCAAAAUGGGGAUUCUGCACACGAAUUUAGUAACAAAGAAGAAUCCAACAAUGAGGGGCUGGGAAGCUGUGAAAAUGGACAUUGUUCACUGGAAACCAGGGCAGAGGAUCAGUUAAACGUGAUAAAAAGCACACCUCGGAUCUGCACGGAGGAGUUGGCUGCACAGAAGUAUAGUGAGCUGAAUCAAAGCGAUGGAGAUUACCCAGGAUCAUCUGCAUCUUACCGUAUAUUAGAGGUUGGCUGUGGUGCUGGAAAUACAGUCUUCCCAAUUUUACAAACCAACAAUGACCCAGGCCUUUUUGUUUAUUGCUGUGAUUUUUCUACAACAGCUGUGGAUCUUGUCCAGAACAAUGCAGAAUAUGAUUCUUCUCGCUGCUUUGCGUUUGUCCAUGACCUGUGCAAUGACCAAAGUCCUUUCCCAAUGCCAGACGAGAGUCUUGACGUUGUUAUUCUUAUCUUUGUCCUCUCAGCGAUUCUCCCAGAGAAGAUGCAAUGCAUCGUUAACAGACUGAGUCGCCUUCUGAAACCAGGAGGAAUGAUUUUGUUGCGAGAUUAUGGCCGUUAUGAUCUGGCCCAGCUUCGGUUUAAGAAAGGUCAAUGUCUGUCUGAUAACUUCUAUGUGAGAGGUGAUGGCACCAGAGUCUACUUCUUCACACAAGAUGAAUUAAAUGAUCUCUUCACGACAGCUGGGCUGGAGAAAAUCCAGAAUCUGGUUGAUCGGCGAUUGCAAGUGAACCGUGGGAAACAAAUGACAAUGUAUCGAGUAUGGAUCCAGUGCAAAUACCGCAAACCUCCUGCCCCUCAACCUUGAGGAAACAGGGCACGGUUUUUAGGUUGGAGCCUCUUCAUGGCCACGUGCGGUGUGUCAUCCUGGUGAGAUGUGGUUUUACGGAGUCCAGCGUACACGGGACCUCAGUGCCUUUUACAGUGCCUAGCAUCACUUCAAGUGAGUUUUGCUAAGGACAAAUGCCAUAAGAGGAGACCAAACAGUAUUUUAAAUGUGUUGCUACUGGUCUGAGUUUUUAAAAUUAUUUAUGGUUUUAACAACUUAAGAAAUGGUCAGGCUGUCUUACAGCAGCUGAGCAAGUUGAAUAGUGAGUCACUCUUACUCUGGAUGUCCACGUGAAACAGAAGGAGAUCUUCGACAUCACCUCUGUGUUGUGUACUCUUGUUUUGGGAACAAAAACCAUAUAAAGGGUAAAUCUGCUCCUUUUUGCAACUGGUGACUGUGCCUAAUAUGGAUCCCUUGGCCAACUUACCUCAUGCAGCUCUCUUCUGGUCAUUCAGGUUUGUGCAAAUCCACAAGUUAAAAUACAUUGAUCGAGGGCAGGAGCUGAAAAAAACAUGCUAGUUUCUCUGUGCCAGCUUCCCCACGGAUGCCUCGUGGUAUGCAGAUAACCUGUGGAGAAAGCAGGUUACGCUGCCCUCACUGUCCACAAGAGUGUUCAUCUGGGGAGGUAGCGCACUACAGCUCAGGUGCCAUAAAUUCAUAUCAGGCAAGGUUCAGGCUUUCAAAGAUUUGGGGCUGAUGCCAGUUUUGGGGUACCUCCAGAGCGCAGAGUAUCACAAGCAGCUCACGGGACCAGGUUUUACGCAGAAUUACCUGAUUUUUGUGCUUGACCAGUGAGAAACUGUUCUUGGUGGCUGCAGCACCCAGGUCACAAACUGCGCUGCCCUGUCACGGUGGUGUGCUAAACCCAAGUAGACAAGACAGCUGUCUUUGAUUAUCAAUCGGAAGAACGUCUACCACUCUUGUUUAAUUUCUUAGAGGAAGCCAACAUUGUGGCUUUCUGAAGGUAUUUCCCCACCUUUGACAGCAAAUAUCUUUUAUCUUAGCCUGUUUUCUUUUGUUAUUUUUAGGGUGUGGUACAACAGGUAUUAGAAUAAAUUUUGUGGUGACGCUUUUCAACGCUGGUUUGAUUAAUAUAAAUCAGGCUUCUACAGAAACUCACAUGCUUCUGCGCCCCUGAUCUGAAGGAUCUGAGCCACCAUUCGGUAACUAGGUUUUUUUCCUCUUCUGUUAUUAUGGGUCUCGCUAGUGCCUGCUCUCCUCUCAAAAGGGAAAGCCUUGCCUGAUAUCUCACACCUUGUUUUAGUUCAUGAAGCAACAAGGUCUGUUGUGUGUGCACCACUGGCUGAAGAGCGGUUCAUGCUACACAAAGCAUGGAUAUUUUGUUAGCUAGACAUUUGUGGCUUACAGUUGCCUAAGAAUAACCGUCAACUAUAGAGACACGUAGGUUAUGAAAUAACUGCUGUCUUAAAACAGGGGAGAAAGGGUAAAAAGAAGAGGAAAUGUCACUGCUGACUUUGGAGAGUCUGCAGGAGUCCUGGAGAGUCAAACCAGGAGCACCCGGAUUUGUAAAGCAUCGGAAGGGGCUGUAGCAAUACUCUCUGCUGGGCAUGUGGCAGCAUGAUCAGUUCAUAACUUCUGCGUCGCUGUGUCACCCUGCAGGCAUUGGGAUGGCUGCUGCUCGAAGGCUUCUGGGUCAGGACAUCGCAGCCCUUCCUGUGGAAAGGUGACCCAGCAAACCCAUUCAUACCACAAAGGCUGCAGUACCGGGGCGCGAAUGGAAACGCACCAUUGCUUUUCUUUGUGUAUCUAGCCCUUUUCAAUAAUGGUGAAAGGGAGUCACAUAACUGGGAAGAGAAUUCUUGUUCAAUUUGUUGUACUCUAUUUUCUAAAGGGCUAAGAGACUUUGCAGCGUCUGCUGAUGAAAUAGGAGGAGAUGAGGCUUCUUUCUUCCUCAGCACAUUUGACUUCUGCCAGGCACAAGCCUGACCCAACCCAGAAGCUCUGGAGUCGCUGCUAUGUUUUCAUGCUAAACCUACAAAGUCUGGUUCCCUGGCAAGGUUGGUACCUCAGGCAAGGUCUAGGCAAAACACAGCUCAAGGCCCCUGGGAGCUGAGCAAGCUCAUGUCUUCUCAUCUCAGCCAGGCAAAGAGUCAGGCUUAGCAAAAGGAGUCCUGUGAGCGUUUGACGUGACGUGACUCAUGUAACCAGCUCUGUCGCUUUCAGUGAAAGACCUCCCGUGUGUUGCUGGUGCCUUAGGCUGUUCCCUUGGGGUCCUUUCCCUCCUUGGUCCCCGGAGGGAGGCCUCCUCCUGGGCUAGCUUUAUCUCCCUGGAAGAAAAAUUAUUGACUGGGGUAAACAAGCAGCAUAAUUAGUGUGAAUUAAAGUAAUUUGAAAAAUGCCUUAUUAAUCAUCCAAAGGCUUGUAAGCAGCACAGGAAAAUAUGUUUUUAAUUAUAAACAUGAUUUAUUUAAAGUUGAUGGACUCCUCUUUAAAUUUAAACUCCUGAAUGGCAGAAAAUGAAGGCUAGUAAUUUAUUUGUUUCUACUUUCAAGGCUACGUCCCAGCUGCCUGCCUGGUUUUGACUUGGGCUUCAUGCAAAAACUUGCAGCCCUGUGAGCCUGCAGCCAUCGAAGUGGCUCUGUGCCUUUCUUAACACUCUUCGUUCUGCUGGAGUAUUUAAGCAAUCGCUGAGCGUGAACCAUGCUGGGCAGACAUGCUUUUGUUUCCAGUCCUGUUGGUGUUCAGAAAGCAACAAGUUAAUGGCCUUGAAUUGAGCCGGGCCUCCUACAGACAGAUCUGAGCUUCCUUCAUUAAUCUCCGCCAGCUCCCGUUCUCUCUGAAGCAUCUGCUCUCCUGCAACUCCGGGCCUUGCCUCCCACACAGCUCUGCUCAGGUACCUUGGUCCUGACUUGCAGCAGAUUCUGCCAUUCCCACCUUGGGCCUGCUGAGCAGGCUGGGUUGCACAACGGCUCCCUAGCAUGUUCAAAGGAAAUCGCUGAAUUCACUUUUACUGUGUUGAAAAGCCAGGUUAAGUGCCUUUAUUUCUUUCUUUUCUUUUUUUUUUUUUUUCCCUCUUUAGCAGUGUAACAUUAGCUUUAAAGCCAUUCUGAACGUAUCUGCUCUGGUUUUGCUCCCAGCAUUCCAGUCUUGCGGUCUGUGGCUGACAGGCAAUGCCAACGUAGCUCGUCAAACCUCCCAAGCAGAAGAGAUGAUUUCAUAGCUCUUCAGAGGCACUGCCCCUGCAAUUCUGGGCCAGACAUUGUUACACUUCAGAAAGUCUGGUCUUGGCUUUUGCCAGAGGAUGGUGGAUUUCCUUGGAGGUUCGUAGAUUGUUUUGGCUGGAAGGGAACUUUAUCAUCACCUAUUCUGACCCUUUGCAUAACCCUUUCAUGUAGGGAUUAUGGCAUCAAGCCUGUGACUUGGGCUGAGCCAGAACUAGUCCUUCAGAAAGGCUUUCGAUCCAGCCGUGGUGCUGAGGGCUCCAGCGAAUGGCAAAGAACGCUUUGCCUCCCCAGGUACACCGUUCCUCUUGUGGCAUCCGGAGUUCACAGAUUGGCUAGAAACUGGGAAGCAGGAAGGGAACAGGGGAGGUAAAGAGAACAAGAGGCUGGGGAGUAUUUUUGAUACCCUCACUUCCAAAAUAAAUAAAUUGUAAAUUCCACUGAAAACUGGGGCUUUCCCAGGGUCCUCCUGACAGCACAGGAAAGCAGGAAACGGCAGUCAUCCGUAGUGAUUUUUAUUGUUACAACAGUAGUCAUCAAAUGCUUCUGGCCAGAAGCAUGUGAGACCAGACACAAUUGUCUUCUCUCCCAAAUACUUCAGCUCCACCUUCCCAGGGUAUAUCACCACCAUUUCUAAUCCUGCAGUUAGUUGUAGAGCUCCAGGAUAAAUGAGACCUGGUUAUUUUCAAUAAAACAGAGGUGUGAGCAGAAGGAACCUCCAUGUACGCAUCCCAGCGGCUUUUGGCAUCGCAUCCUAACUAAAGCUGAAAGAGCUGCCUUUUGUUGUUGGCAUUGGGAUGAGCCCCGGCUGGUCCCCAGUUGGAUUCCCUGCGGGAAUCACAGAUCCAAACUGAACUUAACUGUUUUUCCUGAGCACACAUGAAAGAUGCGCAGGUUUCAGUGCCUAAAAGUGAGGGCACGGAUGAGGCUGAGGCUGCAGGGAUCGAGUUAUAAAGGGAUCUGGAGAGCAUCCUUCCACCUCCGUAAAGACAGAUGGAGGGAAACUGAGUCAUGCAAUCUUCUUUGUUGUCCUCAUAGGUCAACUGGAUCUGCUUUGUCAAUCAGAGCAGUGCCACCACUUCUGGUUUGGUGCCAUAUUGGGGAAAAUUAGUCCAGAAGAGAAAAUUCAUGAUCGGGGUCACUUUUGCUCUUGUAGCUAUUCAUCUUCCUUGACAGGGCUGUGUGUGCUUGGCACGCGUCUUUUUGCACAACGUCCGUAGGAUUCUGAUUCUAACAGUGUGGUUGCAUAUGUUUUCAGGGCACGAUAGAAAUUACUAAAAAAGCGAGGAAAAAGGAGGAAUUAUUUUUUUUUUGGCGGGGGGCGGGGAGGACUCUCCUGCAAAGUGAAGUGCUCUAGAGGGAAAGGAACUGUCAGCUCUGUGCUUAAUCAGCAAAGCUCUGGAGUUUGUGCUUAGCUCUUGCUGAAGGCAGUAGGUUCCUGUGCGCAAGUGCCUGGCUGAAUGGGAGCUUGUGUUGCUGAGAAAGUGGGACACAGUGCAGGAAAUUACCUGUGUAGGCAACAGUGAGUGCUUAUUUCAACUAAAUAGGAUGCAGCUACCUUUGUCCGGACCUGGCAACUUGGCUGGAGCACAGGCAGGGAGAAGCAAGAGAAGCUUAGCCAUGUGCGUGCCUCUGCUUUUGCCUCCUGCCCAAAGGCUGCAUGAUAUGACAGGAGGUGUCCCACCAGGGAAGGCUUUUGCUUUUGAAAAUAGUCUUUGACCCACAGUUGGAUGAGUGGGAACUCGCUGUGAUUGGAAAGCGUUGAUGGCAAAGAUCACUAGCAAAUCUAACGUGUCAGCACCUGCCUGGAGGUCCCAGCCUGUUGGUCCAUGGCUGUCUCCAGGAAGGAAGAACAUCCUGGUGAGGUUUGGACCCUGCUGCUCUAAAACACGCUCCCUGGUAUUGAAUAACUCCAAAGAGUCUUCACUGCAAGCGCCAACACAGCGUGUGAACAAGAACUUGAUUUUGGGGUGGAGAGCGCGCAUAACUGCCGUAUUCAGGUUGUUUUAAUGGUUUGUAGGCUUCCGUUCUCAUGUUAUUUGGGGGUGCUUUCCCAGGAUCUGAGGAGUUCUGGGGGAUGGCGGCCAAGCCUUUGGCCUAUGAAACUUUCUUUCAGCUCAUGUGACGUGGGGAGUUGCUGUUUGCAGUCCUGGGUCGCAGAGGCCGGGAUGACACCUCUGUGUCGUGCGUAGGGAGCACCAGGGGAUCUGCUCUAGGACCGUAAGUGGAGAGGUACCCUGCGGCGCCGCCCCAGGGGCGCUGGAUGUGGCUUUCCUCAUGUAGGGAGAAAACUGGCUGAUCCUCCCCUGAGACUUCUUCAUCCAUGGGACCAAGCACAAGGCAUGGCGCUGGGUGCCCCUCGUCUGGGGAGCACCACCCGGGCAGGCACAGCACACGACACUCUGAAAUUACACAGCCGCACGUUUUUUUCCACGUUCAGUGCCAAGGGUGGAUGCGAAGAGGUCGAUCAAGGUUGCAUGGAAAACUAAAUCUGGCUUUUCCUUGACUUCAAGUGACUUCUUCCCUACUGAGACGAGCCUGGUUGUGAAGGUUGGUAUGUAUUUACAGACAUUCACACAGAGGCUGAAUGUACUCAGAGAAACGUGCACGCAGUAGCUCUAGUUUUACAAUAGGAUGUUGAUUUAAUUUUCCUCUUGCACAAAUCUCAGAGCAGUUUGUUUAAUUGAGGCCUUCAAAAGCCCUGUAAGGUAGGGUGUUAUUAUGCCCGUUUUAUGCAGGAGGAAGAGAAGCAGGGGGCAAAUCCUGCUGAGGAUAAUACCCUCUUGUAUUCUAGGAAGCUGGUAGUGAGCGAGGACAGGGAAGGAUUUGCUGGCACGUAAAGGAGAAUCGCAUCGUUUCAGGUGCGUGCGGGGGAAAAUAAAAAAGCCCAGUGGGUUCUGGUUCCCCUCGGCAGGGCUGUGGUGGUUGCCGCGGGUCCACGUCCCUCCUCCGGCCCACGGGACACGCGCUCCCUGGGAUCAGGGCACGGCUCCGAGGUUGCGCUUGGCUUGCUGCUUGUGUGGAGGUUGAGCCACCUGGAUGCUUUCCUACUGGGUUCGGGUAUCAAAGCCUCCCUAAUGGGAUACCUGAAGGUGUAGACAGAGGGAGGGGCAGGAACAACCUCCGAGAUAAACUCCAUUGUGUGGGAGGGUGGAGGCUCUCCGAAUGGCCUCAGGAAGGAGUCAGGCGAUGGCAUGUUAUCUUUGAGUAGGUGAGAUACCAACUUUCUCCCCGUCUAAUGAAAAUGAGGAGAGACCCUUUUAAUGUUCCUAGCGAGGGAAGGGCUGUGCCGGGAGGGAGCCCUGCCCUUACUAGAUGCUCAGUCCACGCAAGGAGGAGAUGUUGUGAAUACUCCUUCACUUGCGACUCAUCCCUCCUCAGGUACAACAGAAUCUGCUCUGCAGACAAGGAUUGGCUCUUCUGGAUGUGGUGCUUGGAGGUGAGAUCUCCCCCCAGUGCUAAAACCUUAGGAAACCUGUUGAGUGCUGAACGCUUUCGUUGUUGGGUUGUUUUUUUUUCUUUCUUAAUGGCUGUAAAAUUUUCAGAUUUGAAAUCACUGAUGCCAGCUUUUGUGUUUUAAAGGUUCAGGCUUUUUGGUGCUUUUCUCAACUCCCCAGCAUCCUUGUUAUAACUGAGGAAUCUCGGCUCUCUUUUGUGGAUGUGUUACAUCAUGUCAAUCCGUUUCUAGACCUCAUGGCAGUACAGAAAUGCUAGGAAAGAUGUAGUUAAGAGUAUUUCACAAGCCUGAAAAGCAGAGGCAAAGGAAAAAUCACCAAAACCACAUUUAAAAGAUCAGGAGCUUGAUUUCUGGCGUUUUAUCUUUUCAAAAUUCAAGACAAAGAACUUACACGCUGUGUUCAAAUCUCUAUAAAAUCUUACCUAAUUUUGGUGAAAUCUAACAUGGGUUAAAAGCAAAGCUGUGAUGCGAAGGCAGGGGUUUUGCCCUUAUUUUGCGGCGCGCGCCGUGCUGGCUGGAGGGGAGCUCUCGGAGACUGCUCCAGCCGAAUUCAGUGACAGAAAAUGGCUGCUGCAGCUGAGGAGUUCUUCAAAACAUGAGACAUCAAGUGCAACGUGCCAAGGAGAUCGCUGACGUCCAAGGAGACCAGUGCAAGAAGAUGAGAGCUGCCACGGGGGAUGUAAUGGGAAGCAUUAACACUGGCUGAUGGCAGACCUGGAGAGCAGGAUGCUGGACGGGAGGAGUCUGGCGGAGACGAUGGUGUAGGAGGGCUGGCUUGCCCCCAUGGAUGAGAUAAUAUUUGGUCGGCCAUGUACGUACUGCGUCGUUCACAACCAUCCCGUCGCCAGCGCUCAAACCAGCUCCUCUAAAAGCACCAGGGGCUCUUACGAAGUUAAUGAAAAAGGAGGGGGGGAAACGGAAUACUUUUCCUGUGUCACUCGAGCGUGGGCUGGAAGGAGGAGUUUUCCUGCAUGAGAAUUCUUGGAGAUCCAAAUAUUCUCUUCUCUUGCUGGGCCAGAAAGUCAAACGUAUUGAAACCGUUCACAAACUGAAAUGCCGUGGGGAAAAUCAAGUUGAGGUUGAUAGAAUUUCGGCCUCCUAAGCUUAAGCAUUUAGUUUUGAUGCUUUAUAGGCUUUUAGAGUAGUAUCUUAAAAGUCGACAUUAGAAUUUUUAAAUUAAUCAAAAAAUUUCCUAUACAAAAUUAUUAAAUAUUUACAUAUUCCAGACACUUUGAAUUAGAAAACCUUUCCCUGUAAAAACGGAAAGUCACAAACUGACCUUUUCUUGCCAGAAGCGCAUUCUAAUAACUUGGCUCUUCUUGUUGAGAAAGCAGAAUUAAAAAAACAACAACAGUCUUCCACUUCUCUGCUGAGUCCCAGCCUGGGGGAUUAGCUCCCGCAGGAGAUAACACCAUAACAAAGAGUCCAAGCGUGCUGUGUGUUAUCACCGAUAAAUAUAUUUUUACCUUAGAGACCAUUGCUGUUGCAGGGAACCCGCUCUUGGUUGCACCGUCACAGCACGGGAAGAAGUACCAGGCUGGGAUGGGUGGUGCAUCCCUGCUCAAAGGAUGGAAAUGGAGCGCAGGAGGAAAAACCUCGGAGGUUGCUGACUUACGGGCUCUGGCUGCCCUGGGAAGUCUGUCUGGUAACUUACAGCCUACGGAGGCUGUCGGAUAAACUUGUCUGAAAUCCUCUUGUACCCAUCUGGCACUCAGCAGACAGCAGGACGUACCCUUAAAGGCUGCUCCAAAAUUUAUGCCUGUGGCCAGAAACACAGUUUCAACUUGAUGCCUGGAUUCUCUUCUGCGCCACAGAAAGACGAGCUGCCACGUCCUGCAAAGGAAACUGCAGCUGGAAGUGUUGCUCUGAGCUGCUCUUUGGAGGACGAAGGUGGAGAGGACGGUAUUUGAGUUUGCAGCAGACGAGUAGGGAAGGAUCAUAGAAUGGUUCAGGUUGGAAGGGAUCUUAAAGACCAUCCGGUCCCACCCCCUGCCCUGGGUAGGGACACCUCCCACCAGACCAGGCUGCUCAAAGCCUCGUCCAGCCUGGCCUUGAACCCCUCCAGGGCUGGGAUUGUAUGGCUGGCCAAGGAGAAGAAGAAAGGCUUUGUGGACUGAAAAUCCAGGAGCAGAGCUGAGCCAGUGGAGCCCUUGGAUAGGAAGCCCCACAGGCUGUCUACCCAAAGCCCCCCCAAAACAUACUUUAGAGGACGUGCUCCAUCCCUGAAACACAAGCGAGAAGAGAAACUCCAACCCUUUUGCAGAGCACCGAGGUACAUGGGGCAGGGCGAGGGGCAGGUCACGAGAGGAGGAUGGUGCAACCUCAGCUUAUCGGGUUCAUUAUCAGAAGUCACCACCUGCCUCUGCAGCCUGACCCCGGCAGUGCCCAGGACUGCAGCCACGGGUCCCAUGUCCGAAAUCGGCGGGAUGUCUUUUAGGAAACAUUCCUGCAGUAAACUCUCCAGGAGGCUGGUACCUCCCUGGGCAUCUGGUCCUGCCAGAGGGCAGAAGAGCAGGGUCGUUGAUCUGUCUGACUUCGGUGAAAGCAAUAGCGAGCAAAGCGCCGUUAGGAAAUUAUAACCCCACGGUCUUUUUCUGUUAUCCUAUCGGAAAAGAUCGAGGGCGAUGCGAUCGCCAGCAACGUGUGGGAGAGGAGGAAGAGCCUCAGCAAAGCUCCCUCCAAAAAAGCAGGAGAACUAUUAGAUCAAAGCGACCCCCAUCACCCCUAAAACACAAAACCGGGCAGAUGGUGCCAGAGAUCCGGUGUUACGGCACCCGAUUCCUGCCCGGCGCUCGAGGGGGUGAAGGUGGAGGCGUUCGCGGGGCUGGUGGCGGGGGUCCAGAAGAGCCGAGGGGAAGUGGGUCCCUUUGCGGAGUGUAAGGGCUCCCAGAUCUUCCCCUCCUUCCCCCCACCAUCAAACAGAAACGCGCAAAUGAAAUUUAUACCUCCCCGAACAAUGUUAACUGCGAAUGGUACUAAUUAGCGCUCUCCUAAAUGGCAGUGAUUAGUUUACCAGCUGAUGGAAUAUUUACUCUAGAAUUUUUUCUUUUUUUUUUCUUUCAAAAAAAAAAAAAAAACAACAAACAAAACACAACACACAAAACGAUAUUUAUUUAUUUAUUUUACAAAUUCCUGCCGCUGGUUGUGCUGAAAAUGUGACUCACGCAGCGGGAGCUGAAACUGGAGUGGCUCUUCUACCGAAAAAAAAAAAAAAACAAAAAAACAAAAAAACCCACACAAAACAAAACGGAUUAAAGCACAGGAAACAUAGCUUGCGAGAAUAGACAGGCGCUUCGAAAGCCAUUUGCAACCUCAAGUUAACAAAUAAGGCCGGGCUCGAUGUGCGAUAAAUUCACAAUUUUUAAAUAAUACGACUUCCCCCCGCUGCCUUGCGAGAGCGGGUUUUUUCUCCGCACCGUUCCGCCAGCUCUUCUCCUCCGCAUCGUCGCGUUUGCCAAACUGGUAGGUUCCAGUUGGGUCAUAAAUCGCUCACUGUCGGACGCGCUGUGACACGGAGGUGACGGAUGUCCCUCGGCUUUCCCUGCCCCGCCAAUCCCUUCUCGGGGAAACCUCCAUGGCUAAUCCGCGCCUGCCUCCCCUCGGACGGGCCCGGCCACUUCCCUUCCCAACAAACCUCGGGGUUUUCGGGUGGUUUGGUUUUUUUUUUUUUUCCUCCCCUUUCUCCCCUGCUUGUUUGCUUUUCAGAAAGCUGAUUCAGCCUUAAAGCUGAGCGGGCGUCAACACCCGGCAGCGGCGUUUCGCGUUCGGCCCAGGCCACCCGGGAGAAAGGCGAAUAAACAGCGAUGUAAUCA